UGAAUCUUAAUCCCACACUAUAAGUAGCUGUCUCACACCAGCUUCAUUAUCUAAAAACCAAGUUAAGCCUCUUAAGAAACCCUGUCUUUCAAAAUUCCAUGGCCGAAUUCACAGCAGAUAUGCAAGGCUUUAGACCCUCAUUUCCUGUCUUAGAUAUUGAUCAAAACAUGGAUAUAAUAAACCAAUAUGCAGGGCUAAACCCAAGUGUCCUGGAGACUUCAAACUUGGAUUUCCAAUGCUACAAUCCUUUCUCCAAUGGUAAUGCCUUUAGCCACCAAGCGCCAGAAUUCACAGCAAACUUAGCAAAAACUAUUCCAGCAACUUUCCAUGAGUUUAAUCAGAAUGUGAUGCCUGCUUCUCAGCACAUAAAUGUUGCAGCUACUGGAAAUGAGUUCCAUGAAAGUCAGAAGAGAAAAGCAAUGGACAUGUCUGAGAGCAGCUCUGGAACCUCAAGUCCCCUAGUUUCAGAGGAUGUGAUUAAGAAGAAGAAAAAUUUAGGAAGAGGGAAGAGAGUGAAAAGCAAUGAGAAGGAACUAGAGAAUCCAAAGGAAGUGGUCCAUGUUAGAGCCAGAAGAGGCCAAGCUACUGAUAGUCACAGUCUAGCAGAAAGGGUUAGAAGAGGAAAGAUCAAUGAAAGACUCAAAUGCUUGCAAGACAUUGUCCCCGGAUGCUAUAAGAGCAUGGGAAUGGCAGUAAUGCUGGACGAGAUAAUUAAUUAUGUUCAGUCCUUACAAAACCAAGUCGAGUUCCUUUCUAUGAAGCUUACAGCAGCGAGCUUAUUUUACGACUUCAACUCAGAGACAGAUGCUUUAGAAACAAUGCAGAGGACUAAGGCAAAUGAAGCCAAAGAGUUGGAGAGAUUGAUGAGAGAAGGCUAUGGAGGACUUGAUUCAUUUCACUCAAAUUGGUCGCCGCUUUGACUUCAGAAUUGGAUGUUACCCCUUGUCAUGCAACAUUAAGAUGCUUCAUUUCCCAAUAGUUUCCUCUAUAUGAAAAUAUAUUUGUUCCCACUUCAGCUAUACAAGCAGAAGUUUAUAUUCAUACUUGUACAAGUCCUCACACAUUGGGAAAUUCAACUAAGAUUAAUA